AUGGAAGGUGAAACACUUUUUUUCAGUUAUGGAAGGAAUGGCAGGUGGGAAUUAAGAGAGGAGAUCAUUCUUGAAGCUUUGCAGAGAAGUUCUGAAAUGGGAUUUCUUGAUCUUUUUGUAGUGGCAUUAAUGCCAGUUCUGAAAGUACUCUUGAUUACUGGAACUGGCUUGUUUCUUGCACUUGAUCGUGUUGAUCUCUUGGGAUCGAAUGCACGAACCUUCUUAAAUAAUCUUGUAUUCUACGUGUUCAGUCCAUCGCUUGUGUUAAGCCAGCUUGCUGAAACUAUUACUCUUCAAAGUUUGGGUACCUUAUGGUUCAUGCCAGUGAAUAUCCUUCUGACAUUCAUAAUCGGCUCUAUACUUGCUUGGAUUCUCAUUAAAAUCACCAGAACUCCACCACACCUCCAAGGCCUUGUCAUUGGUUGUUGUUCUGCUGGAAAUUUGGGGAACUUGCUUCUCAUUAUUGCUCCUGCAGUCUGCGAAGAGCCAAAUAGCCCAUUUGGAGAUUCAACUGUCUGCUCUAAUUAUGGAAUGGCAUAUGCUUCCCUUUCAAUGGCUGUUGGAGCUAUUUAUAUAUGGACAUAUGUGUACAUUAUCAUGAGGAUAUAUUCAGAUAAGAUUCCUGAAGUUAUCGUUACAAAUGAAUCGAUAACGGGUUCUGGAAGUUACACAGAAGCCUUGCUUCCUCCAAGCGACAACCUUAGCUCUAAUGGCCAUUCAGUUCAAGCUGAACUUCCUCGAACUAUGUCCGAGGGAAAUGUUACAUUUAUGGGGAGGACUUUUCUGGGAGUUAAGAAAUUUGCAGCAAAGAUCAACCUGAAGAUGGUGUUUGCACCGUCUACAAUUGCUGCCAUUUGUGGAUUUAUAAUUGGGACAGUCUCUCCAAUCCGCAAGGUGCUGAUUGGUGACAAUGCUCCUCUUCGAGUGAUUAAUAGCUCUGCAGCUUUGAUGGGAGAGGCAACAAUUCCAUGCAUGACCCUGGUAGUGGGAGCAAACCUUCUUGAGGGUUUGAAACGAUCAGGAAUAAACGUAUCAGUUGUUGCAGGGAUUGUAGCAGUGCGGAACAUUUUCUUGCCACUUAUAGGCAUUGGUGUUGUUAAAGCAGCAAAGCAUUUCGGCAUGGUUGGCUCAGAUUCUUUGUAUCAGUUUAUUCUUUUGCUUCAAUUUGCACUUCCACCUGCCAUGAGUAUUGGGGCAAUUGCACAGCUUUUCAAGGCUGGCGAGGGCGAAUGUUCUGUCGUUAUGCUGUGGUGUUAUGUUGUGGCUACAUUUUCUCUUACUCUUUGGUCAACCUUUUACAUGUGGCUUUUGGAGUGA